GAGGUGUACGUACGGUGGAUGUCGAAGACCCUGGCUACGCUCUAGACUGGCUGUGCUCGGAUUUGAUUUCGUGA